AAAUGGCGAUUCCAGAAUUGUAAGCGUGACAAAAACAACAAAGCCAAGGCGCAUUUCACAAUAAUUAAAUGUUUUUCGGACUAUUGCGGCGCGUUUAACCCAACAAAAGCGAUCGCUAUGAGUGAUAUACGGACCCAGUGACCGGAUAAAGACGACCAGUGAAUGUGAAGCGCCAGCGGCCCGUCAAACAAAGACAAAAUACGGCGAGCGAAAACGCCGACCGCAUAACCUGUACGUGUACGCAAGGCGAAUGGAGGGCGGCAAGGGCAAGAGAAUGAAGGAGGAGGCGCCAAGCAAGAAGUUGCCGCCUAAAAUCUACGGCGGCGAUGCGGGCACCCCCACGAAGGCAGCCCACGACGAGAUCCUCACCUCACUAUUGCGAAUUAACAAUUUUGAUUCAAUAUCGAGCAUCAAGGAUGAGUCGCUGGACAUCGAUCUGUCGGCCUGCGUGACCAUCAGUUCUGCCAGUCUGGUCAAUAGCAAUAGUCUCUCCUCCACGGACUUUUGGCGCGUGCUCGACGAGAGUGCCCAAAACAACACCGAGCUGAAUCUCUCCUCGGACGUUUGCCGCGAUGAUCUGACGGGCACCAGCUCCUCCGCUGUGCCCAGCAGUUUGGCUAGUGAUAACCACUCCAGCUCCGAGUUUAGUGUAACUUUCUUGCGGCCGGAGCCGCCGAAUGCCUUCACCAACUCGCCGUUCAAGAAGACCUCCAGCGGCGCCUCCACGCCAGUGAAGCUGUCGCCAGAACAGCUUCAUCAGCAGCAUCAGCUUCAAAUUCCACAGGGCCAGAUGUUGCAACGCAAGCCCAAACUACCAGCGGCAACGGCGGUGCGCCUGAAGGUCUUUAAGGAGGAGCCGCCCGAGGAAAAGCAUCCGCCGGAGCAAGUGGUCACUAAGGUGGAGGUGUCUGAGUCGGAGUUUCUGCCUCCAGCAUUCACCAUAUUCCAGCAGGCCAAAUCGGCGGAGUCGAUGGCAGAUGCUGUCAGCAUGCCACCGCCCGCAGCCUCAGAAACGAAGCUCUUCGAGGUGGAUCCGGCUCCGCUGCACAAGUGCCUAGAUUGCAAUGGACUGCUCCUGGAGACGCCGGACGAAGUGGCAAAGCACGAAGCUGCCGCCCAUCGUCUGAGGCUAACCUACCGAUGCAGCGAAUGCCAACGGGAGUUCGAGGUGCUGGGCGGUUUGAAAAAGCACCUAAAGACGCACCGCACCGAGGGACGCAAGGACACCUGGAAAAAGUGUCCAGACUGUGGCAAAUGCCUUAAACUGGGCAGCAUGUGGAUGCAUCGAAAGAUUCACAGCGAUAACAAGAAGUACCAGUGUGACAUCUGCGGUCAGAAGUUUGUGCAGAAAAUAAACCUAACUCAUCACGCACGGAUACACUCAUCGGAGAAGCCGUACGAGUGCCCCGAGUGUCAGAAGCGGUUCCAGGAGCGCUCCCAUCUGCAGCGCCACCAGAAGUAUCAUGCACAGACGCGUUCCUAUCGAUGUGAAAAAUGCGGCAAGAUGUACAAGACAGAGCGUUGCCUCAAGGUCCAUAAUCUGGUGCAUCUGGAGCAGCGACCCUUUGCUUGCACUGUAUGCGAUAAGAGCUUCAUUAGCAAUUCGAAGCUGAAACAGCACUCGAACAUACACACCGGUAUGCGGCCGUUCAAGUGCAACUACUGUCCGCGCGACUUCACCAACUUCCCCAACUGGCUAAAGCACACGAGACGCCGGCAUAAAGUAGACCACAAGACCGGCGAACACCUUGAGAACAUUCCCUCCUACUGCUCAAAGAAGUCCACCACCAACAAGGCGCAAAAGGCAGCUGCGGCAGCAGCAGCCGCGGCGGCGGCCACAGCAGCAGUGAAUCCCAGUGACAUUUCCGCUUCUGGUGAACUGAAAGUUAAGCCCAAUCUUACCACUGCAGUCACUCCAGCUCCCCCAAAACAGGCCCGGAAAAAGAAGCAGCCACAACAGGCCACUCUUGCCGCAUUGGGUAUCACCCUGCCGGCGGGUACUGCUCUGCAGCAGGUACAUCCUGCUCCGCCACCGCAGUCGCAUCAGCAGGAACUAACUACGGUACUUGUGCCACUUCCUCCGCCGGCACCAAAGCAGACCAAAGCCAAGCGGGAGCGUAAGCAGCUGGCACCUAAGCAGCUGCAACAAAAACCACAGCUCCUCCAGCAGGCUCAGGUUCACCAAACCAGCCUUGAGCCUAUUGCUGCAGUGCCGCAAAUAAAGAAGGAGCCAGUGCAGAACCAGGGUCCGUUUCUUGAUUUGCACGGCCUGAGCCUCACUUCCGCCGAAGAGCUGAUCAUGGAACAGGCCCUGGAGAUGGAGGAGUGCGGUCUGUAUGAUGCACCUAAUUCGAACACGGAAAUGGGGACAUCAGACAACGCCAUCUCAGACUCGGCCGCUGCCCUGCAUUUCCAAAUCAAGAAUGAAUUACCAGAUGAACUGUUACCGGACGAUGAUUUCAUGCCUUGCAAGCCCAGCGAUCGCCUUGCUUGCCCCUCACUUGAGUCGUCACCGUUCUCGUCGCCUGCCUCAAUGGAACUAACGGCCGUCUCAUCUGCAUCUAGUGCCGCAACUGCGACGCAAACAAUACCAGUGAGAUCUGGAAACUACUACCUGCCCGCUUUUACGCUGAACGCGCAUGGCAAGUUGAGUAGCACUGGAAAUGUGACGCAGUCCGUGGCCACGAGCUUGGCUCAGACACCAUCUGUGUCCAUGGUGAAUGUGCCGUUGCUGGUGCGAUCCAACCAGAUGCUACCGCCAGUUGACACGUUACUCUUUACCAACCAGACCGGUGGAAGUCGAUUCUUUGCGGGGAAAUCGGCGACUGCGGCCACGUCGCACCUGACAUGAUCGGUCGGCGGCGUCUGCUGCCCGCCAACGUGAACGCCUCAACGAUCUCCUGUGUCUUAGUUAAGUUAGCAGUGUCGACCAUGUUCCGGCCGCGCAAUUGGGCGGUUGCUGACCGCUGGCAAUCGUUUAAAAGAAUUAGGAUGUUAAUCCUUAGGUUAUUAAGAUUAUGACGCUACAUUUGUUUAAGUGAUAGACCUAAGCUGAUUUCUGCAUAGCCCGUAAGUGUAUUUGAUUGUAUAUAUAAACGUUUAUAUAUUGAAUCAUUAUGAUAAAUCUUUAAUUUGUACGCUUCACACCAAUAAUAAAUUUCGUACAUAUUUUAGUAA